GAGUGUGUGUGUGCAUGUGUGUGUGGGGGGACAGAGAAAGAGAGAGAGUGUGCAUGAGUGUGGGAGAGUGUGUGCGCGUGUGUGUGUCAUUGAGACAGCAAGCGUCUCUCCUCACAUCCUCAGCACUGGUGUGGUGUCUGUCUGUGCUGGCGUGUCUCUCUUCACUCGUGUUUGAAUGAUGAAUGUUUGGGCGUAAAGAAUGUUUUGCAUCCGUCAGUGAGAACAUCAGGAUCUGUGGGGACGAUCUGCUGUGAGUCUGAAGAAACACAUCACGUUUGUCAUCAUGGAUCUGCCAUUCAUGGCUGCGCAGUUUCCAGUGAUGAGCGGAGCGUUCAUGGACACAGAUGACUGCAGCACUGAACAUUCUCUGUUUAACUCAUCAGCCAGCGUGAACGGGCCGCCCUCAGCCUCAGCACCGGCCCAACACGACCACGAGCAGCGCGUGUCCAGUGACGCCGUCUGGCUGUGGAUCGCCAUCAUCGCCACCAUCGGGAACAUCGUGGUGGUCGGUGUGGUUUAUGCUUUUACUUUCUGAUGUCAUGAUGAAUGAAUGAUGAAGGUUUUAUCUGUCUGCUCACUAUCAAGGGAACUACAUAGAGAGCGUGUGUUUGCAGAAGACUGCUGAAGAACUUCGGAGAGGUGAUGUUAUUGUGAUCUAUGCUGAACACAUAAUGACUUCGCCCAGCCCGAUGGAAUACUUGAUUUUGAUUGGUGUUUUGUAUAAUGUUAUGUGUUGGUUUAAUAUCACUCCAUCAAAUCAUUAUACUGUAUCAUGUUUAGUGAGGAUCCGUGUUUUUAUUAGAAUUUUACAUCAUUUUUUUCAAGUUUAUCAUAAUAAUAUGAGCUUGAUAAUCUGAUAAAUAAACUUUUAAAUGUUUGGUACAAUCAUGGCAUUUCAUUUUAUUUAAUUGUAUUGCAAUUUUAUUAUGUGCUUUUGUCAUUUUAUUAUUUUGCUAUAGGUUUUGAUAUUUCAAUUUUUUAGGUUAUUUUUAGUUUUAGAUUCCUGGAGACUAAGUGGUUGCCAUGGUGAUAAAUAAUGAGCAGACUCUUCAGGUGAUGUAGAUGUGAGGGUCACUGGAGGAUGACUUUGUCUCAUUAUUUAGUUUGAGCAGAGACAUUAUGAAAUCAAGGUGACACAACUACAUCACUUUUCAUUGUUGCCAUGGGGACAAAGAAACUGGGACAUUGCCUGGUGUUCUGCCUGGCUCACAUAAAAAAAUAUUGUAAAUUUUAAUUUGUGAGUGUGCUUUCAUUGUACUGCCGUAUUCAUUCUGUUCUAUAGCACUUAUGUGAUGUAGGGUCUCAGGGAGGAUGGAAACCCAUCUCAGUCUAUCACACACUGACUCUUUAUUAUACAGAACAAUAACAAAUACACAUUUAGAUAUUCACAAUACUGUGUACAGAUAUUCUCUUAAUAUAUUUGUGUCUUAUAUAAGAAUAUGAUAUAUAUUUUACAAUCUAUUGUAAAACUAAUGACCAAUAAUUGAUGGAUUAUUAAUUGAUAGAUUUUUCUGUACAGAUGUAAAGAUUGUAUCAGCUGUAUUUAGUAGUAAAUGACUGAAGUAAACCAGUGUUAUUUGAUCAUGGCAGAAAAUGUGUAGCUCUAGCAGAGCAGAAUAAAAACAGUUUUGUCUAUAU